UCCUUUAGGGUUGCGAGGAAGAGCGGAUUAAUCGUCUACUCUUGAGAUUUCGCGUUCCAACAGUUCGGAUGGAUUUUCCCAACACUUCGCUGACUAAACGGAGGUCGGAGUCAUGGAGACCCGUGUAUCGAGCGCCCGUGUACAAGUGGAUAUCGCGUUGGGGGGAUCUACAAGUUGUAUUGAUGCGAUUUAGUUCCCCGUCAUGAACUGUCCUGGAGUUGCGGUUCAAAGUUGAGGGCUUUAAGAGCGGGGAACAUCAUGCACACAGCGGAGCUCGCGCUCUCUCUCCUACUCGUCGUGAUCAUCGUUGUGUCGCUGCUGUCCAACGUGCUGGUGCUGAUCUGCUUCUUGUACAAUGCAGAAAUUCGCAAGCAGGUUCCUGGGUUAUUUAUACUCAACCUGACGUUCUGCAACCUGCUUCUGUCCGCCUCCAGCAUGCCGUUGACUCUUUUCGGGGUGCUGAGUAAUGCGCAUCCCGGAGGACACAUUUUCUGUCAGGUGGUGGGGUUUCUGGACACUUUCCUGACCACUAACUCCAUGCUGAGUAUGGCUGCGCUCAGUAUCGACCGGUGGGUUGCAGUGGUGUUCCCUCUGAGUUACCAUUCCAGGAUCCGUCACCGGGACGCUGUAAUCGCGCUGGCUUACACGUGGGUGCACUCGUUGUCCUUCUCUGUGGUUGCCGCGUGCCUCUCCUGGGUGGGUUACCAUCAGCUGUACGCUUCGUGCACGCUCUGUAACGGCAGGGCGGUCAAUGCCAAGACGCAGUUCGCGAUUUACACCGUGGUGCAGCACUCGCUCACGUUCCUGUUGGUGUCGGUGGUGCUCUGCGUCACGUAUCUGAAAGUGCUCAAAGUCGCGCGCUUUCACUGCAAGCGCAUAGACGUGAUAACCAUGCAAACGCUCGUACUGCUGGUGGACAUUCACCCGAGUGUUCGUCAGCGCUGUCUGGAGGAGCAGAAAAGGAGAAGACAGAGAGCCACCCGCAAAAUUAGUACCUUCAUUGGAACCUUCGUCAUCUGUUUCACCCCGUAUGUCAUUACCAGGAUUGUGGAGCUAUUUGUGACGGAGCCAUUUAAUCAAAAUUGGGGCGUGCUGUGUAAGAGUCUGGCGUACAGCAAAGCUGCAUGCGACCCCUUCGUCUACUCUCUUCUGCGACACCAGUACAGGAAGACCUGCAGUGACAUCAUCAAUCGACUCUUGAAACGCAGUUCCCCGAAUGGCUCCGGGCAUCAUCAGGAAAAUGGAAAGAUUGUGAGGGCCAAGGAAAUCAUAAAAGAUGGGGAAGUCGAAGCCAGACCUACACACUGAGGACUCCUGUUGCUAUAGAGAUGAACGAUCACAAAGGUAGAGCUUCGACUCUGGAGGGAGAGAGAACAAUGAAGGCAGAGGAAACAGCGGGAUUCCAGGCUCUGCAUUUCUCAACUCAAAAAGAAUUCAAGAUGUAACUGUAGC